UAAGACAAAAUCCAACUGCUACCUUCUCAUCCAGGCUUUGUUGAGUGAUGCUCAGUGGAAACCUGCAGAUGUCCCUGUGGAGGAAGGAAACAGAAAGCUACGACUGAAAAAGCUUUGCCAAGGCAACAGCAAAUUAGCACUGACAGCCAACGGAAUGAAUACCCGUCUGCGAUAAAAAGCAGCACCAAUGGAGAUGGCAGAGGCUGAACUGCAGAAGCAAAGACUCCAAGCCAUAGCAGAGAAAAGGCGGAGACAGGCAGAAAUAGAAGACAAGAGGCAUCAGCUCGAAGAUAAAAUACUUCAGCUGCAGCACCAUAAGUCCAAAGCCACACGAGAGAGAUGGCUGCUACAAGGGAUCCCUGCUGUGUCCGCUGAAGAGGAAGAUGCCAGAAGCAAGCAGCUCCAAUCAGAUGAGAGCAAGGCAAAAAAACUGGAGGAAGCCAUUAGCAGACUCGAGGUGGAAAUAGAACAACUAGAGAGUGAAGAAUCCCAAAUCGCUGCCAAAGAGCAAUUCCUUCGGGAAAAGCUACGGGAAGCUGAGAAAUCUAUCAAGGACUUGCAGAAGGGUUUCUCCAAUCCUGAUGGAGCAAUGUAUGCCAUGGAGGUCAAUGUACAGAAGGACAAACUGACAGGAGAAACCAAGAUUCUCUCCACAGCUCCCUUGAAUACUGAGGGAGUUCAUCAGAGAGGGGUUGCGGUGUAUGAUAAUGGAAGCAAAGUUGUGUAUGAGGUAUGUUCUGGAAGUGCAGUGGUGGAGAAUGGAGUGCAUCACCUAACUACGUCAGAAGUAGAUCAAUUAAAACACAGAGCGGGGAGAAAAAAUGUGAGUGGCAGCAAAUAUUUGCCUGAAUCGCUGACUAUAUCAAAGAGUAGUGCAUCCCCUGAUAAUACCAGGAGUCCCGGAGAUAGUGGACUUAAGAAAGAUAUGAUCCACAAGGAAGCUAAAUUGGAAAUGGUUCCUAAAGCACAUCAUGCAGGGAAAGCAAUCCAUCAGAUUCCAACUGGAGAGGCUCCUAAGGCCAGUGCUGAGCAUCCAGUGACGAUGAUCUUCAUGGGCUAUCAGAAUGUGGAGGAUGAGGAGGAAACAAACAAACUGCUGGGCUACGAGGGCGCCAUCCAAGCAGAGCUGGUGCUGAUCGACGAAGAUGACGAGAAGUCAUUGCGAGAGAAGACAGUGACAGACGUCUCCACAGUAGAUGGCAAUGCAGCCGAAUUGGUGGCUGGGAAGUCCAUGACUGAGGCUUCAGAGACACUCUCAGCAGAGGAGAAUGAAGGGACAGACACUGGAACAGAGCCAGCCACAGGUACUGACAAGAAAAAGCAUUGUAAGUGCUGUACUGUCAUGUGACCACCUCUCUCGCCUUUAUAGUCACACUAUCUCUUAUUGACUUUAACCUCGUUUUACUGAUCACUCUGCCAGUAUGUGAACUGGGAGCAGCUGUUUCCUCUCUCCUCCCUUACUUCACUAUAAAUUCUUUGUUUAAUGUUUGACAAACCAUAGCAUAACCACCACCCAGGCCAGCAUUACUGUUUUGAGACGUCGAAAGAAUUUUACAACAUAGAAAUAGGCCAUUCAGUGCAACUGGUCCAUUCUGGUGUUUAUGUCCCACCAAAGUCUCCUCUCACUUCAUCUAAUCUUACCUACUAGAUUUUCUAUUCCUUUCUCCCUCUGCAUUUAAGUCUCCCUUUUUGCCUCAAAUCUUCUAUGUGGUAGCAAAUGUACAUUCUAAACACUCCAGAUAAAAGAUGCUCCACUUAAUGACUUUAUCGGAUUUAUUUGUGACCGUCCUAUAUCUAAGGCCCUUACUUCUUUGAUAACGGAACAUGACUUCAGCGAAGCAAAGUAUGAGAAUCUGGAAGUUGCCAAUGAUAAGGACAGAAAUGCAAUAGCCCAUUAACUGUGUGCCUGCAUCAUGAUAAGACACAUGGGUAAUAAUUAAUUUUGCAAUCAGCAGGAUCUGGGGCUCCAUUCUUUCUACGCUCACCCUCAAUCAUACCACCCUAUUCACAUUUCCUGCAUAAUUUGAAAUUUUCUUCUCCAAAAGGCCUGGUUCAUUUCAAUUCCUUCCUGUUGAAAUGGUGUAAAACAGUUAGGUAUAAAAGGCUUCACAAUUUCCUUUCAAUGUUAUAUUUUCCUGAGUAAAUUUUAAAAGUAGACAUAUUCAUUCUGAGUCCUUCUGUCCCCACCCGUCUCUGCCAUUGAUGAACUCAUGAGAGUACAAUAGAGAUUGUUUCCAAUUUACUGAAAGAAUGGGGUGGGGUAAGGAUUGAAUGGGAAGGAAAAAUACUUUCCUUACGUCAUUAGUAUCCAUAUCCCGGCAAAUGAGUGUAUAGCUGAACUCAACGUUAAGCAUAGCAGAUCAGAGGGUUACAAAUCUUAGUUACAAGCUGUCUGUUUCUCCAACAUUAUUGCAGCUGUUGAAUGUGCUUCAGUUGGCAAAGAACAAGAAUGAAUUUACCCAAUUGCAUUCUAGUUCUACUGCUGGGAAGUUGUCUAGUGCGACGGGGCUCAGACCCUCCAGUUAGUUCACAUGUCUUUGUCUGGCUGUAAACAGGUGAUGGUGAGUCAACAGCCAAAGGGAAUUAAAACAUUCGUUAGGAGAGAUGGAACUCAGGCUGUCGAUUCUCUAUUAUGCAAUUUACACUAUUACACAAAGACACCAUUUUCUAAGUGAGUUGUGCAUCAACUAUUGCACAGCAGUGUACUGGCAACUUUCAUUUCUCAUCAACUCUUUAAACUAAUCCAGAUAUGUGUGCUGGAUCAUUAUGGCCAUGAUCAUGUUGAAAAAACUGCCUAAUGUACAUCAAAUAAGUGCAGCACAAAUAAUGGAGCCUCACUGAGCAUUAAUCACACCAGAUACAUUUAACAGGCGUGAAGAAUUCAUUCCAAAAUCUCUUUUAGCAACAGAUCUAGAAGUGACAUAUGCUGCAAAUCUUAUCCAUUGUCAAAGAAAGCCUGCAGGUCAAAUCCUAGGAAGGUGAACAUCUUGUCAUAAAGUCCCUAUGGAUAAUUAGAAUACAAUUAAUAUAUUCAUCAGCAACCUCAGAAAACGGCCACUAGCUGUCCUAUAUUUAACUGAGGUUUAAUUCCUAAGAGCCACUAGAUGAAAAGCUGCCACAAUAUACUGUAUCAAAAAGGUGUUAGUGAAAACAUUUUACAAGUUGCACUGUUUAAUGACAUUUCUGACACACUUUUCUGUAGAGUCAUAUAUAAUUCCAGGGUGUGCAGAGACCAUAUAAAGAGGGUGGGCAAGAGGAGGGUUGAAAAACAGGCUGGGGAUUCUCCUUCAAUGUGCAAAUCGGACUUGAACAGUGUCAGAGCAGCUGAUAGGACAGAGUUUUGAGGUGGAAGGUUUUCAAAUCCGGUGGCCUGGUAGUAAAAUUUGAAAGAAUAUUCAAAAAGCAGACAACAUUGCCACAGGGGAAGCCAGCUUUCUGGAUGAAAAUUUGUGCAUAGAGUAAUCUUUAUAAUGUUGGCCGUGUCUGUCAUGGUUAAGCUAGUCAAUAAAUUACAAACACUUAUCUAUGACUUUGAGGCUUUUAAUGGCAAUGCAGCGUAAAGUAAUGAGGGAGCAACGUGUAAAACCGCAAUAGCAAAUUGGCUGCUUCAAUUGAAGUCAUUGUAAUAAAAAGGAGAGAGAUGUAAAACAGUCCCCUUCAGGCUCUGGCACAAAGUCAAAAUCUACCCUUCACCAACAAUUGCCCUCAACCAUUGCUGUCUCAAUAUCUUGUUCCAUUGGGCUCUCAAGAUAUCGGCUAUCCAACCAUUCUAUGCAAGCUGCUAGAUCCGAAAGUUUUUUUUGUGUUUUCUGAAAGGAUAGUCUGAAACUUUUGUUUUCCCCUUUUCUGGAUUCCACUUAACAAUUUGUGAAUCAGUCUUGGUCUUGGUUUUGUAAGGGUUUUAUAACGAUAAGAAGUGAAUAAUAUCAUUUUUAUAGAAUCAUAGUGCCUUUUUCCACCAACCUCAAUUGUGCCAACUGGCAUGCAGUGCUUUGCAGUGUGAUCCCAGUGCCCCGGAUCAGUGAGAAUGAAUGGCAAGGCUAAUGUGACUGAGAUCGGAUCAGCUGCCUGCAGAGGUGGAGUGGUUCAUAAGUUUGCUGAUAUAUGGCAUCUCGUAUAAUAUGAUUGGUUUCCCCCUGCGAGCCCCUCCCAGUUCACAGCGUCUGGAUUGCAGAAGCUUUCACUGAGCACAAUGGAUGAAAAACUAACAAUGAGAAGCAGCCAUUGAUUUUCUAUGAUGCCUUUUAGUGACUGUGCCUAUUUUCUUUUCUCCUCUACAUGAUAAAGGGUUUUGCCAAGUUUCAAUUUUAUUAACUGUAUUUGAAUGUACAAUUAUAUAUUAUAAAAUGGUUGUCAACUAAUAUCUUGUUAAUGAGGAUGGACUUUUCCCCAUCUUCACCUCUCUAAAAGUUGUGAAUUUCCUACUUUUAAACACAAUCCUGAUUCUACUGUAUGAUCAUUUUUUCUGGAACAUAUUUGCAUCGCAACUAACAUGGUUGUUUUAUCUAAAGGGUGUCUUUGAAGUGACCAUUUUGUACCUUGUUCUAUUGCAGUUUAUAUAUGAUAUUUCUACUUUUCAUUUCUUUCCUUUUUUAAAGAAAGUAUUAUAUUCCAGAGCAUAACAUAGUGACUCCUGCUGUUUCUAAAAAGUUCAACGCAAUGUACAGUUAUUGUUCUCUAUGCUCUCUUCCUUUAGUGCCAAUCCCAAGGAGCUCUUUUACAUACACUCAGCCUUAAUACCACCUAGCACCCACUGCAGCUUUCACAAGCAUCCCAUCCUGUUCGGUGACAGCAGUUUAUUUCACAAUCUCCCAACCCAGCUCCAAUAAUUAUUCUUUUGAGCACUACUAACAUUCAAACGUUCACAAAAUUGGGCUUUUGACAUAAAAUGUCAGGUGGAAUUGUGCAUAAUUUCAAAAUAGUUUUUAUUUGUGUUAUCAUCAUUGGCAAGGCUCGUACUUAUUGCCCAUCUCUAUUUGUGCAAAUCAAGGUGGCUUGGUUGGCCAUUUCCGAGUAUAGUUAACAAUCAAUCACAUUGCUCUGGGUCCAGAGGCACACAGAGCCAGUGAGAAUAGUCGGUUUCUUUCUCAGAAAGACAUUAAAGAACAAAAUAUGUUUCUUGCAGUAACCCAGCCGUUUGUGGUUACCGCUACUAAUAUUAGCUUGGUACUCCAGAAUUAUUCAAUUAAUCUGAUUCAGAUUUCUCUGCAGCCAUAAUGGGAGUUCAAAUCAUGUCACUGGACUUCUAGUUUAACUCUACUGUAUUACUAGUCUAAAUCAAUGCUCCCAAAUCUCUACAGUGCAGUGAGGUAAAUCCCUGAAGGAGCUCUGACUUCAACACACACACCCGUCAACUGUUAGUGAGGGUAUGGAACUGUUAAUUCAAUCCUCAAAAGCUUUUUACUGCCUAAGCAAUUUUCACCAACUCCUCACCAUAUUGCACACUGAACAACUUAACUGAAAUAUGUUAAGAACACCCUGCUGAGGAUGAAAUUGCCUCAAUUAAUUUAAUCCCAACUUCUUCCAGGUUAGAAUUCUGCCUUGUUCAAAUUGUAUCUCUCAAAAUUUAUCAUUAGUCUUUGAUGACUGUAUAAAAGACAUGCAAUUUUAUUGCCUCUUUUGCGAGAUCAGGAUGUCCCAAAGUGCUAACUAAUAGUCAUUUAAGUACAUUUUAAUGUGUAGUCACUCAUUUUGAGCUGGAAAGGCAGCCAUUAUUUUCAAAAUAAAUUCCAUAGGCAGUAAUGUCAUAAUGACAAGAUCACCAGUUUCCGUGAUGUCAACUGAGGUAUGAAUACUGGUGAGCACACCAGGGAUAACUCCCCUGCUUGUCUUCAAAUUAGUCACUUUGCAAUUUGUCCAGCUACGAGGUUAAACUGGGCUAUGGUUUACUGCACUGCAACCAAAAGGUGACACCUCAAUACAGCAUCAGCACAGAACUAGGAGUGCCAGCCUAAAUUACCUCUCACAUCUCUGGAGUAGGACAUGAACACAUGACCUUCUGGCUUAAAGCACCAAAAGAAAAUAGUCUCACAAGCCUAUUAAUGUUGAAGAGACAGGUAUUGAAACUAAUUCCAGUUAUGGGUGAAAACCAAUGCAAAACUCAAAUGAUUUUUUUUUUCCUGGAUAUCUCCCUCCAAUUGGUCAAAGCUGAAGACUCCAGUUUACCAAUUUGAUGUCACGUAAUAAGUACUUAACUUCUGGAGACUGUUCAAAUGACCAUAUCAUAAGGUCUCUAGGCACAUUGCAGGCAGCUAUGAUUACUUGUUAUGUACACACUGUUGUGUCAGUCUGAAGAAAACUACUUGGGCACACAAUACCAUAAGCAAUAACACUAUUUUAAUAUCGUAACCAUCGUAUAUUAAUGCACAUCCCAUUGUGUUUGUGCUGGCUCUUUGAAAGAGCUACCCAAUUAAGCUCACUCCCAUUCUCUUUCCCAGUAGUUUUGCAAAUAUUUUUAUCUUCCCUCCCUCUCUCAAAUCUGCUUCCAAUGCUUUUUCAGGUCAUUCAUUCCAGAUGUCUACCAUACACUUUCCCUCGGAAAUUAUUAUCCAAUUGAAAAACUUAAAAAUACAAUAAGCUGUUUCAAGAUAGAUGCAAAUCACAAUCCUCCACUGACAAUAACACUUAAACAUUGCCUACAGUACAGAAUUUGUAGCCUGAGUUAUUUGCACGAGGAAGGGUAAAUAAUUAUUAGGGGAUGUUUUUUGAAAGGUUGCACAAGCAGAGCUCCAAUAAGGCGACUAAAGAACAUUAAGGUCUGCCUCUCAAAAUCGGGACUAAAGAGAAAAGGUGAGGUUAUCCUGAGGUGGAAUAGAUAAGAAAGGGACUAAAUUCAUGCAACUUUUAGGACAGUAAGAAGUAAAACACUAUCAUCAAUAUUUUGCGUGAAAUAAGAUUUGCAUGAAUGAAGGACUUGUAAGAUGCAAAAUUGUGAUUUUCUGGGUCAUUAUUGUCUGCAGUCAUUCUACAUUAAAUUAUUCAGAUGCAUAAGAAGUAGGACAAUAUAGUUUUUAUUGGCCAAUCCCUGUGUAUGCAUGGAUAGGAUAGUGAUCAUAGAGAGUCUACAUACCACGAGAAACCACAAGCAAGGCACAUAUUAACUUGACUUGAUAUAACUCAUUGCAAAAUUCCAUAUGUACACAUGGAUUACCACAAGUGAUUUAUUUUUGGCAAGCCAUUAAAUUUCAGUCAUCUGCCUAAUUCUUACACUAAAAAUAUGGGGGGUAUGUAACCUUGUGCUUUGAUCCUCCAUCUGUAGUAGAAAUUUCUUUGCUGAGCUGUUUGAACUGAAAGGCUUUUCCUAAAACUCCCAAGGGAACUUGCAGACCACUGAAAUGGAGACAGGUGCAUUGUUAAAAUAUCUCAGGGCUUCGACUCUUUGAUUGAUGAUCCCACAGAGCCAUGGAGCAUGUGUUCCUAGACAUCACCAUUCUGCUGUUAUGGAGUGUAAGUGACUCCAAAUGAUUGAAAUGCAAUGAUGUAACUGCACCUCCAAUCUGGCAAUGUGUUCUUGUUUAAACUUGAUCAAAGGAAAAUUUGGAUUCAAAAUUUGAAAACCACAAUCCAAGGGUUGGACCUUUGGCCUAUUGUGGGCCUGGGAUUAUGGUCAAGAAUUAAAAACGGCUAUGCAUCUCAGCAAGCUAGCUCUUCAGCUCCAUCCCAGCUCUGGUCCAUUUCUGCAGGACAGGGUGUCCACUUGCAUGCAACAGGCACCAGUUUAGACACUGGAUGAUGGCCUCUCUGCAGGGAGGUGAGGAGCCAUAUUUCAGUCAGCCCAGAGACCCUCCUUUCCUGUUUAGAUUUAGAAGCAGCCAGAGGGAAUUUCCCCUCACUCCUAGGCCACAGUGUUAGCCCAGUCUCCUACGCUUUUAUUUUAUUUAAACUUUAAACAGUUGGAGAGCGAGGGAGCCUCUGUCUCAAAGCACCUAUUCCUUUCCCAACCCUUUCUUGCAACCUGCUGUUCCUUUCAGUCUAUAAAGAAUCUGAUUUGUUUUCUGUAUUUGCGAACCACCUGCCAGUCCCCCUUAACUUGAUGCAAACUUGUCUCUGUGCCUAACAAGGGAACACCUCUGCGUAAAAUCACAAUGCCCUACUCCCCACCUCCAGAAAUAAGGUUGGCACUAGAAAGCAAUCCAAAGAUAUCUGCAAAACCCACCUGUGGGCUCAAGUAGGUAAAUCUCACCGCAUGUACAAAGGAUCAUCCCAGUGAAGAUGCUGAUAAAUUGUUAUUCUCUGAGAUUACUGGUGACAAUUGUGUUGAAAAGCCCAGUGGAAUCAGAUCUGAUCUCGAACAUUGUGACUCAUUAGAUUUGAUUUAAAAUUCUGGGUGUAAUACAAAUGUAGAUAUUUCUUAACAUCCUUCAAAUUGAAAUUGUAUAAAAAUACUUCCAACCAACUUUUUACCAAUGUUAGUGUUGAUUUCCAAAAAGUAAUUCCUCAGAGAAUGACAUUUAAAAUUCAAGCAUCUUUUAUGUUUACAGGUCUUAAUUUAUAUUUAGAAUUAGUAUCUCAUAAACAGAGAUAGCCAAGGGUUUGUGUGUAUACCCGAAUGAACAUCUCAAUUAUUCAACACCUGAAAGAUCCAUGACACUUUACCACCACACAGUUUCAAAAAUCAUUUACCAAAAGUAAUAUUCGCGCUAUUGUUUAAAAUGUUAGCAGUUAGUUGAUGGGAUGGCUGGGGGAGGGAAUAGAGAGUUUCAUUUCUAUGGCAUAGAUACCAGUACCCUUCUGUCACAGGAACUUUUAAUACUGCCCCAUUCAAGCGAAAUAUUCCAAGCAAACUUUAUUUCUGUGCUGCAUUCAGCAGAACGAACAUCAUUGUUAACAAACUGAAACUUGUACUCAAAUGUCUGAAAAAGUGUAAAAGGCGAGAUGUAUCACACUCCUGACUGGCACAAUUUAUUUAGCCAGAAGGGCUACGGCAAGUAGUGAAUGGAUGUGAAUGAAAAUCCAUCCUGAUCUCCUGUGGUACAGAAGACACUGCAAAUCCAAGUGGCAUGGCUUGAGGUUAUUUAAGAAGCUAUAAUAAUACAAUUCCUACCUUCUUAAGCUCGAUUGUUCCUUCACAUUUUGGAGUUUUAUUCUUAAUCAGGUGCAAACUUUAUUUAAGUGACAUUAUUUUAUACUAUAACUACAGUCAGAAUUAAUGGUAUUAGUAUACAAUUUUCGUUCCUACCUCCAUUUUCUCCUGAAUUGUUCUAUUCAAGAGCUUUGCCUUGAUGAUAAUGGCCUUUUUGCAUAAUUUCCUUCACCAAGGCUUUGUCUUGACUAGCAUGUACAAAAGCAGUAACAAGUGUAGGUUCUUCAGGGAUUUAUGCGUAGUGGCAAGGGGCUCAACUGGUUGCAAUUUAUUAAGUAGACAUGGGAUCUAAAGGGAUAGUUGAUGGUGCUUGGCUGGUUGGGAUUUAUUAAGUUGUGGUAGCAGCUAAAGGGGUAGUCAAUGGGUUAAGUAUGUAUUACAUGAUGGUAAAGUGGCAGUGGGUGGAACCAGGAUAGCAAUCAAUAUAGUGAAAGAUGUUGUAGACAGUGCCAAUCCUGUAGCAGGCAGAGCUGAGCUGUAGUGAUGGGACUAAGGCUUGUACUUGUUGGAGCUAGCAAUUGAUUUCGUGGAGCUGCCAUAGUUUUCAGAAUAUUUAAAGUUUUGCUGUUAAUUUAUUUUAUGAAAAUAUUAAACACCCUUAUUUGUUAAUGCCAAAAUUCCAGUACAUGUACAAUAGAAAUAAACAUUUAUUUACUUCAAGAUAACAAAGUGUGAAGCUGGAUGAACACAGCAGGCCAAGCAAUUGUGCUCCUGAGAUGCUGCUGGGCCUGCUGUGUGCAUCCAGCUUCAUACUUUGUUAUCUUGGGUUCUCCAGCAUCUGCAGUUCCCAUUAUCACAUUUAUUUACUUCCUUGGUUUAUCUCCAUUUUGAAUUAUAAAAAUACCCAAUUUCACAUCUUAAAUAAAAGCCAUUCAGAAAAAUAUUAAUUUACACUCAGUUAGCAGCAAGAGUUGUCAGCUUUUCAAACCAUUGCAACCUUGGAUAGAAAAAUUGAACAUAAGGCUUGCAUUUUUAUAGCACCUUUCACAACCUCAAGACAUCUCCAAGUCCUUCAGAGCCAAUGAAGGUAAGUUUGAAGUAUCAUCACCAUUGUAAUGUAAGGUACAUGGCAGCCAAUUUGUACACAGCAAGGUCCCAAACAGCAAUAAAUAGUUUGUUUCAGUGACGUUGAUUGAGGGUUAGAUAUAGACAAAGACAGUGUGAAAACUCCCCUAUUCUUAUUUAACAUAGCAUCCUGAGAUCUUUUAAAUGUACCUUAUGGGGCAGAUGGGGCGUUGAUUUAGCUUUGCAUCCAAAAGACAGUAUCUCUGACAGUGUAGCUCUCUGACAGUGUAGCACCCUGUCAGCGUAGCACCAGGAGUUUCAUUUUAGAUUAUAGAUUAGCUGCAAACUGACUUGGGAUGUUUGUCUCAGGCACAGUGUUGAGACAGACAAACCCAGGAAGCCAGCAACCUUCAACCGAGGAAGUAAUAGAGGUGCUGGAAUGGACCAGAGCAACAGUCACUCAGAGCUCCUGUUUGUUGAUCACAUUCAAUUGACUCUUACUGGAAAGGUCAGGUGUGUACAAUGCCUGGUUACCAUAGGAUUAAACUCAUCAUGAUGGCUCACAUUGGUGAAAUAGACCACCGUAACUUUCCAAUGAGGCCUAUACCUGAAGGAUGGCAAUCUGGCCAACUAUUGCAAGGCAGAUGAUGAAAGGAGAGGAUAAAAUUACAGGGAAGGAAGGUAACUGCCUUCUCAGAUUAAUAAGAAGCAAAUGUUCCCUUGUCAUGCACAUUGUUGUCCACUUAUCAGAUCAAAAGUAAGCUUCAUGCCAAUAUACAACUUCAAUUUAAUUCACUCUGUUCAACCAAUAAUUAGCACAACAUAGGUUUAAUGCAUGUUUAUAUGGAUCCAUAUACUAGCUACAGCCAGGCUUUGAGGUCAAAAACCAGCAUGAUGGGUACCAUUGGCCACUACUAUAAAAUUAGGAGCAUACGAAGAUCACUUGCACCCUCAAAUAGCUCAAUUAUUCAAUAUGAUCGUGCCUGAUCUAUCUCAAUUCCACUUGUUCAAAUACUCCACCUAUCUCUUGAAACACUGAGAAAAGUCUACCCACCUCUACCAUAAAUGUACUCAAAUGAUGGAAUGUUCAUAAUCUUUUGCGUGUAGAGCAUUAUGAAGGUUCACAACCUUCUGAGUCAAGAAAUAACUACUCAUAUCAGUCCUAAAUGAUGAAUGUUUUAUGCUGAAGCUGUGUUUUAGGUUUCCCAGCCAUGCAACCAACCUCAUCAUGUCAAGCCCAGUCUAGCCCCUUCAGAAUGCCUAUGAUAUUUGGAUCACAGGUCUUAAAAUGGCACCAUUACCUUUAAAUUCUUCCAGAAAUGCAAGGAGAAACUUGACUUCCCUUCUGGCCAUUUCAUACACCGUACUACUCUAGUGAAAUUCAACCUUGAGCAGUAAGUGGAUAGCAUUGGAAGAAAAGUUCCACCUUAUUUUUCCAGCAAAACACUGCAGGGGCAGGAGUCAGUACUACACUAUGAAAAAGCUGCAACUUAUUGAGUCUGCUUUCAGGUUUCUAAAAUUCCACGUAAAACAGGGUUACAUGCUAAUUGUCUUUGACUGCCUCAUCUCUUAUCAAUUAAUUUUCCACAUGAGAAACGUCGCCAGCUAACAUUGCUAAAUGACAGAAACAGCAUUCUGUUUUGUUUACUUGUUACCUGUAUCUUAAUUCCCCAAAUAAUUCCUACUCCACUUCCCCCCGCCACCACUCCACCAAAGUGGAUAUCAUUGUAUUGACCUGUGUUUAAACAGCAUUCAAACGGAUAGCUUUUCAGUUGUUUGCCUGAGAAUUUAUUUAUUAGCAAUAGCUCCAAAAAUCUCUUUAAAGAGUAAACAGUAGGGUGAAUGAUUUAAGAAUCAUAAAGUCAUACAGCUCGGAAACAGAUCCUUCAGCCCAACUCGUCCAUGCCAACCAGCUUUGUUAAACCUGAAAUAGACAUAAAAGCUGUUGCCCAGAAGAAUGAGGAGUAAGGCUGCUUGGGGAAGAAGGCAAACAGCUCGCUUCAUUAACAAGUGCUACACCCAAACAAAUGUAAAAGAGCUCAGUGAUUGGGAAUAGAUUGCUAACACUGGUAAGGACUUGCUGCAUUUUCUGCUGUACUCUGUAACCUGAAGUGUACUUGUACUGUUCUGUUCUGUUCUGAGAAACUGCCACUGGCCAAGCUGUAACCUGAGCUGCUCUUCUGUACAGAAUUAAUAUGAAUAAACUGGCUCUCCACAA